AUGUCGAAACUUUUCAUCUCAACUACAAAUUGCGGAAAAGCCCAUGAAGCGGACAUUUAUGGGGUCUCUAUUUCUAACCCUUACACUGCAACAAUCUCGGGUGACGGGUAUUUGAAGCUAUGGAAAAACAAACUGAUCGAUGGAGACCAGCCGAGAGAUCAUGUACUUUCGAAAUUUGUCCACAAGACAGGUCUUCAUCAUGUAGAUACAUUCCAUUCAGUUGAAAAAGGUGGACUAGAGAUUUAUCUUGUGUCCUGUGUUUCUUUUUCGGGUCAGAUUUUCAUUUAUUCUGUCGAUUUGGCCUCCGGUUCGUUCGAGGAACUGAACUUGCUUUCGCAGGAAGAGAAUUUGAAAUCCUAUUGGUGCAUCAAGUUCUUCAAAAGCGCUGAUCAAGCUGCAUCUCACAAUCUUAUAGCCACGGACGUUAAAGGGAGUACCUUGGUAUGGUCUCUAAAUACUGUUAACCAGAAAGAGCAAGACGGUAACCCAGACGAUGCUGUCCCACAGAGAGAUAUACACCUUUACUCCCUCGGAGAGAUACCGGCAACCGAACCAAAGUUUGCAACUAGUGUGGAUAUCUCGGCAAAAGGUGCUAUUGCCACAGGAUUCCAAGAUGGGAGCGUUGUGGUGUCACAGCUUGCAACCUUGAGACCGAUUUAUAAUUUCGAGGGAUUCGGUAUCAAAGGAACAGAUGAAAGCAGCGGAACUGUUCGUGAUGUCAAAUUUUCUCCAUUGGGGGGGCUGUUAGCGGUAGCCAAUGAUUCUGGCCCCUACGGUACUGUUACGCUCUACGAGACUGAGUACGGCGAACGUAUUGGAAACCUAACAGUGCCGACACAUAGCACUCAGACCAGCAUUGCUAACUUCACUCAUGAUGGGUGGGUGUUCAACAUCAGUUUUAAUUCUACUGGUGAAUAUUUGGCAACUUGUGGAUAUGAUGCCAAAAUUCGAGUUUGGGAUAUCAAACAGAGAGAACGUGUCAGUACUCUCAACAUCAGCGCGGGUGAUAUUGAAAAUGAGGAGGACAUUUUGUCCCAAGAUGAAAUAGGCGAUUCUUUGAAGACUCCUCCAGUCAUGGGCGUCACCUUCAUCAACAAGGGUGUCCGCGGUGGAAUUGGUGGAGACACGAACGAGGGUUUGGCAUGCGUUUGUCUUGACAGAAGUGUGCGUUGGUUUCGAGAGGCAGGCGGUGUGUAA